UAAAUCCAAAAACAUUAAACUUCCUUGUCAUUCACAACUGUAAACCAGAGUGAGGCCAUUGGAGAAACAGAAAUAAAGCAAAGAGAAGAUGAAAAGAUGUUAAUAAAUUUAAUAGAAUAUAUAUUUCUGUGUGGCUGUGAUUGUGAGUGUGAUCACGUUGAUAGUCUUCUUCUAAGCUAUUAAGUAUUAGUCUAUCUGUCUUUGCCUCUCUGUCCUUGUGUUUUUCUCCAUUUUUUUAUUCCCACUUCUUCCCCUAUAACUAUCCUCAAAACCUACUCUCUCUUCAUCUCUUUGUUCCUUUUCAUCUCUCGUUUAAAUCCGUCUAUAUUUUCAAUUAGGUUAGGGUUUGGAGUUUCAUCAACGAUGAGCAGCAACAUUGGACCGUUUGGUGACACCACACUCACCAAAGUUUUCGUCGGAGGCUUGGCGUGGGAGACGCCUAAAGAAGCCAUGAGAGAACACUUUGAGAAGUACGGCGAGAUCUUGGAGGCCGUCAUUAUCUGCGAUAAACUCACCGGCAGAUCCAAGGGCUACGGAUUCGUUACGUUUAGGGAAGCCGAAUCUGCCAAAAAGGCUUGCGAAGACGCCACUCCCAUCAUCAAUGGCCGCCGCGCCAACUGUAACCUCGCCUCUCUCGGUGCCCGCCGUCCGCGUUCUGCUUCCGCCACCCCGUCUCAACAAGGAUCAAACGUCGGGCCGAGGUCCACAUCAGCUGCACCGCCAAAUCAUGUGCAGUGGUACUACCCGGCGACACAAUUUCACCAUCACCAUCAUCAGCCAGUUCCUUUCUAUGGGUACUCUCCAACCUACAUUGCUACAGAUGUCAGUUACAAUCAUAAGCUGAGCUACAACGGUGCGUCCUACAUGAACGGGCAUUACUCACAGGUGUAUCCGGGUCCGGGGCAACCUAUUAUAGGUGCCAACCCGUUGAUGCCGAUGUACCCUCUGUAUCAGGUCCAUCAAUCACAUACAAUGGGCCUGCCGGCCCACAUUUUCCCAUCAACUACUACGGGCCCCCUUUCAACUUUCCCUGCUGUGAUGCCAAAACCUGCAUCAAUUGCUGCCCCUAACACAGUUUGUUUGGCUGUGGAAUAGGUGGUGGUACAGGUGGCGCAGGUGAAAAGUCUUAAAAGGGGUUGGUUGCUGCAAUGUAAGAGAAGAAAUAGAGAAGAAGCUGCUCCAGAACAAGCUUAUUAUAAAAUGAUCUGUUGUGGCUUUUUCUUUCCGAAAUUUAAUUUAUUCUUACCAUUAUUAUUAUUAUUAUUAUUAUUAAAAUUAUUAUCAAUUAGGUGUUUGAUAAGAUUCUUUAAUUAUCUUUCUUUAUAUAAUUUUUAUCUAACA